GACACCUCUCUUCUGAUUCUCCUUAAUAUACCUGAAUACAAAUAGAAAUACUACUAACAUGUGGAUGCGAGAGAGAGAAAGAAAUAGAUAGAUAUAGAGAGAUCCCGCAUGGCUGCAUCAUUUCUCUCCACAGACUUUUGUCGAAAGCCUUGGGAUCGAAGGCAGGGAUCUUAAUCAUGGCAUGGAGAAACUAUAAUGAUCUUCUUGUAAUUGCAGAGAGAUAGAGAGUAUAAUUGUUUUUCACAAAAAAGUUUUGACAGAAGAAGAAAAAAAUAAAAUAAAAUGAAAAAUGUUUGUUUGAGGGCUGAAUAGAAGGGUAUAGUCAUUGAUAUAUGUUCUCUCUUCCUUUCCUUUCAUUUCAAGGCUGCUUUAAGGAAAAAGAUUGAAAGAGUAAAGAGGAAACUUGUAUACGAAAAGGUGCUAAAAGCAAAGGAGAGUUGUGUGUUUUGGAGGCAUCAACUGAAAUACUAUUUCUUUGAAUCUAGAGAAAGAAAAGAAGCUGGGAGGGGGAGAGAGAGAGAUUCGGUUUGGAUAUUAAUUAUUAAUCUUGGGAUUUUCAAGUGUGUUUAAAAAAUUAUCACUUCAUUAUGGAGUCUGCAAAUAUUCAUCAACAAAAGAAAAAUCAUCCUCAAGAUCAUCAUCAACUUGUUGGCUUUUCUUCUUUAGCUACUACUUCUUGCUAUGGAGUUGGAAGCUCUCGUUCCUGGACUCCCGACACCAUUUCAAACUCAGAGAGUAUAUACCCUAAUGGAGGCAUUAUAAAUACAAGGCAGGCGCAGCAAAACCAGAACCCACCCCCUUCGUGGAAUAUUUUUAUGACUCCAGAAACGGGAUUAAUUCAUUGGGAUAAUGCGACAGGAAAUUUACAAUCUGAAAGAGUUAAGGAAGAAUUUUCAGAUAAUUUUAACCCUAAUUUCACAGAGAUUUUAAACAGCCAAUCAUCAAGCAUCGAAGAUUUUCGCUUAAAUCCCUCGAACUACAAUAAGAAUAGCGAGCUAAGAGAUUUGCCAUUGAAGGAUCUCAGCACGAAGCUUCUGCUUAGACCGUUUUCUUCUGGAAAUCUUUUAAAUGGGCAUAAUUUUUCUCGAGGAAAUUUGUACUCCAACUCUUCAAGCACAGGAAUUAAUGGAUCAACACAGAGUGGAAGGGGUUUCAGUCAGAUAUUUCCAAGUAUAAAUGUUUCAAAUUUCAAUCUGCAGUCAGCACCAUUAGCGAAUUCAGGCAAUAUGAACAUGAACUUGCAGGCACUAGAUCUCCUUACAGCUUCAAAAUUUAACGGAAAUUUUAUGAGCCCCAAUUCACAGAAUGAAUUAGGCCUCUACAAAGAAGGUCUUUGUUAUGGCCUUGAACAUAUGCAGCACUCAAACCAAAUGCCAAUGAAUUGCCCUAAUAAGACAUCACCCUUUAGUAAUGGAGUUGCAGAAGCAAAACGAAGCAACAAUACCAAGGAGCCAAAGGCACCCAAAAAAUCGCGUAUAGAACCACGCGCUUCUUGCCCACCAUUUAAGGUUAGAAAAGAGAAAUUGGGAGAGAGAAUUGCUUCCCUUCAACAGUUAGUAGCACCUUUUGGCAAGACAGACACAGCAUCCGUACUAAUGGAGGCCAUUGGUUAUAUCAAAUUCCUUCAAACCCAAGUCGAGACUCUAACUGUCCCUUAUAUGAAGUCAUCAAGGAAUGAAACCGGCAGAGCAAUGAAAGGGGAUCCCACUGACAACGAAGACGAAGAACAGAAGCGAGAUCUUAGAAGUCGAGGUCUAUGCUUGGUGCCUUUGUCGUCCUUAACGUAUGUAACUGAUGAUGGCGGCGGAACUGUUUGGCCACCGCCUCACUUCGGCCGAGCCACCUAGAAUAACAACCCUUUGACUACAUUUUGGGCAAGAUGAAACAGAUCCCUACUUUUCAUUGAUGGAGCAAACUUGGUCAUCCUAAAUUAAUUCAGGGAGCAAAAAAAAAAGCUUUAGGAGUGGACCAAGUUUGGUCCAUUAAUAGUUCAGGUUUGUUUUAUUUAGUACCAUGUUUCUAUUUAUUGUUUUGUGUUAAUUAUCUUUACCUACAUAAUAUUACUCUUACUACCAGUACUAAGUCUAUAUUUUGUUUUA